GGUCGACGGUCGAUCGAGGAAGCGAUUAUUUUGGUCGUGGCGCGAUCGCGUAGCCGCGUGCGCGCGCGCGUUCACAGAGCAAAGUGGGCGAACGAGUCGAUCUGCACGGGCCAGUCGUGUCGAACGUUUCGUUUGGUCGGCGAUCACAGAGAUUCGGAGGUUUCUCGAAAAACAUACGAUACAAGCACGAGUGAACGGGAACGCUAAUGCGAACACAAAUGCGAGCUGAAGAAUCGUGUUCGAACGAUAUCAAAAGAUACGAGAAUUGCGAAUCGUAGGACAAACUGGUGCCGUGUGCGCGAAGAAGAAAUGAGUAGCCGCAUACGAUAGAAAGCGAGGUUAGGAAAAGUAGGCGACGGUGGCGUUGUCGAAGCGGCGCAACACGACGGGACGCGAGGAAAAACGACCCGACACGAUUGGUGACGACUCACGACGACGCGGCACGACCGACCCAUCGGGUCCAUUCGGUCGCCUGACAACGUCCUCUGUUGGAAAAGCGAAGGAGGUAGCGCGACGCGCAGCUUCGAUUUCGAAUCUCUGGUUUCCCGCAGUGAAGGAACCGCGGUUGUGGGGGGCGCGCACGCGACUGCCCUCUGUUAGCGGCCUCUCGGAAAUCACGUGGAAAAAGGAGCGGACCGAAGUGAAUUCUAGUCGCGGACGGUGGUGUGCUUCGCAGCGCGAAGCCUCGAGAGAAAGCGAGAAAGAGAGGAAAAGGAAAAGAGGAGGGAAAGAGAAGAGAGAAGAGAAAAGAAAGGAGAGGUGUCGGUGCGGUGUCGGUGUCGGUGUCGGUGUCGGUGUCGGUGUCGGUGCACGGGAGAGUCGGUCGUUGUCAGCCGGUGGUGAUCGAAGGGUUCGCGUAUUCGCGAGCAACGGCCGAGCGGUUUGAGGUUAGCUCGAGGGACAGCUCGAAGCGAGCGCGACCUAACUCGAGUCUCUCGAGCCCGCGUCCUAUCGCGUUUUGGGCUCCAUGUUGCCGCUAGUGGAAUGACGUCAUCGAGUGUUGGUGCUUCGAGAGUGAGCUCCUUCCUCGCCCGUCCUAUGAAAGUUACCCGAUCAUGUUUUCGUGAUAAAUUCUAAGGUUUUCUAGUGCGGCAGACGGUGAACUCGGUGAACUCGCAGCGAUUAGCGGCGGUCGCCGAUUGGCACUAGUGUGCUUGGCUGCCACGCAUUCACCAGCAGAGAGAUCACUUGCGAGGGAUAUGGAACUUGUCGUAGCUUCCUGAAUAGGUACGUAAUCGUAGUGGAUUUCUUUCUACCGAGAUCUUGAACUCGCAACUGUCGCACAAUUACCUUCGAUCGAUACGUAUCACCUUCGAUGCUAUCUCUACGUUUCGAAGAGAAUUUUGAGAGUGCCCUAGACGAGUGGUCGUUGUUGUUGCUGUUGUUGACGUCGGCUUCGUCGUCGUCGUCGCCGUUGUUGUCGUCGUCGUCGUCGUCGCCGUCGUCGUCGUCGUCGCCGUCGUCGUCGUCGUCGUCGUCGUCGUCGUCGUCGCCGUCGUCGUCGUCGUCGUCGUCGUCGCCGUCGUCGUCGUCGUCGUCGUCGUCGUCGCCGUCGUCGUCGUCGUCGUCGUCGUCGUCGUCGUCGUCGUCGUCGCCGUCGUCGUCGUCGUCGUCGUCGUCGUCGUCGUCGUCGUCGUCGUCGUCGUCGUCAUCGUCGUCGUCGUCGUCGUCGUCGUCGUCGUUGCCGUCGUCGUCGUCGCCGUCGUCGUUGUCGCUGCGAUCACCGUUCUCAUCUUCAUCGUCGUUAUCCUCUUCGUCAUCGUCAUCGCCAUCGUCAUCGUCAUCGUCAUCGUCAUCGUCAUCGUCAUCGUCCUCAUCGUCAUCGUUCUCAUCGUCAUCGUCCUCAUCGUUUUGUCAUCGUCAACGUCGUGGGGGUUGUCAAAGGGUAUCGCGAACACGACAAGAACACGGAGUAGCGAUUCGAUCUCGCCCGCUUCAGAUUCAGUCGUUCGUCAUCGAGCGUUCACAAUGGCCGUUCGUUUAUGACGAAUCCAGCGCGUAUAAGAAGCGAGCAAAGCGACGGAGCGGCAGCGGUGUCGUCCGGAAGCGAAGGCCGGAGAAGAAGCGGCGAGAGCGUGCCAGUGCCGGUGCCGGUAUCGGUGCCGGUGCUCGUGCCUCUCGACGGACCGAGGAAACAGGGACGAGAGACUACGUUUCCUUUCUGCCAGGUGCGCUCGUAUCCCCAUCCAAAGUGGCUAAGAGCGUAAGUCCUCAUCGAGUGCACCAGGAGUGCUCGAGCGGAGGGGAGGUGCAGGUACAGGUGCAGCAGGAGAGACGAGCACCGAGGCGCAUGCCUUACCUGGGGCCUGAUAUGACAACCCGGCUAUCCGCCAUGUUUUACACGGUUGAAGUCGGGGACACCAGAUUCACCAUUCUCAAGCGGUAUCAAAACCUGAAGCCAAUCGGUUCCGGGGCACAGGGGAUCGUUUGCGCGGCGUACGACACGGUGACCGCGCAAAAUGUCGCGAUCAAGAAACUCUCCAGACCUUUUCAGAACGUGACGCACGCGAAGAGAGCGUACAGGGAAUUCAAGCUUAUGAAGCUGGUCAAUCAUAAGAACAUAAUCGGUUUGUUGAACGCGUUCACGCCGCAACGGUCGUUGGACGAGUUUCAAGACGUGUACUUGGUGAUGGAGCUUAUGGACGCGAACCUGUGCCAGGUGAUUCAGAUGGAUCUGGAUCACGAGCGUAUGUCCUACCUGCUUUAUCAGAUGCUGUGCGGCAUCAAGCACUUACACUCGGCCGGUAUCAUUCACAGGGAUUUGAAGCCGAGCAAUAUCGUGGUAAAGGCAGACUGUACGCUGAAAAUUCUCGACUUUGGCCUGGCUAGGACUGCUGGGACAACCUUCAUGAUGACGCCGUACGUGGUGACGCGAUACUACAGGGCGCCGGAGGUGAUCCUCGGGAUGGGAUACAAGGAGAACGUGGACAUUUGGUCGGUCGGAUGCAUAAUGGGCGAAAUGAUUCGGGGCGGUGUGCUGUUUCCCGGCACGGAUCACAUCGACCAGUGGAACAAGAUAAUCGAGCAACUGGGAACGCCGGCGCAGGAAUUCAUGCAGCGGCUGCAGCCAACGGUCAGGAAUUACGUUGAGAACAGGCCGCGGUAUCCGGGAUAUCCGUUCGACAGGUUAUUCCCGGACGUUCUGUUUCCAUCGGACUCGUCGGAGCACAACCGAUUGAAAGCCAGCCAAGCCAGGGAUCUAUUGUCGCGCAUGCUCGUGAUCGACCCCGAGCGACGCAUCUCCGUCGACGAUGCUUUGCUGCACAAUUACAUAAACGUGUGGUACGACGAGGGCGAAGUCAAUGCCCCUGCACCAGGCCCCUACGACCAUAGCGUGGACGAGAGGGAACACACGGUGGACCAGUGGAAGGAGCUGAUUUACCAGGAGGUGAUGGAGUACGAGACGAGCCACAAUCCGGCGACGGUGGCUCAAACGUCCGAGAGUGGUGAUUCUCGGUAGACACGCAAGAACCUUACCACCUUUCGCGUCAGGGGCGCACCUAGACUGUCCGAUCUAUUAUACGUACAUAUAUAUACACACGCGUGCGCGAACACCUACCCGCCCACGCACAUACACGUACACAGGCUCACGACAUAUUACGACAGAUGCGUGUGUAUAUGUAUGCAUGUAUGUAUGAAUAUAUAUACAUAUACAUACAUAUACAAAUAUAUAUAUAUAUAUAUAUAUUUAUAUAUAUUCGUGGAAAUGUAAAGAAAGGAAGCGACGAUUAGGAACAGUUUCACGUCCAUGGAAAAGACGUACGUUAAACGAAGAGCCGUUUUCGUUCGAGACGAAGAAGAUCACGAAACGAAUGAAACCAGGAUAGAAAAGGAAAGUGCGAGAGAGAGAGAGAGAGAGAGUGAGAGUGAGAGUGAGAGUGUGUGUGCGUGCGUGUGUGUGAGAGGACAAGAACGAGAGCGAGCACGAUCGAGCAGGAGUGUAUGCGAGAAGCAAGGAGAGAAAAUGUGAGAUGAAGCGAAAGGUAAAAUGGUAAAGCGCUUAUUUGCGAGGAAAGAGCGAAAAGGAAGGAAGAUAGUCGGCAACAGAGAGAGAGAGAGAGAGAGAGAAAUAUGUCGUUCGCGCGGACGUACGAGGCAUAACGAGCGCGCGUUUGCGAAAGCGUAUAUGCGAUAGGAAUCCCUGUAACAACCAAAGCAUCGACGCGAUUCGGAGGUCCGCCAACGAACGCGUUCACUCGACAAACAGGAUACAUAUGUACCGCGCGACGUUCGUCGUUGUUCUCGCUCGGUCUUCUUGUUCCGCUUUCCGAGCGUAUCUCCUUUGUGCGGGAAACGCGCAUUCGUUCGCAACGAACGUUCUCCGCGAUCGAGCUUACAAUUAGUUGAAAAGCUUGCAACACACGCGUCGCCGAUCGGUCCACAACUCUGGAAUGUUCCGUUUUCCAAAUCGACCUAAUGCAACUGGUUUGUUGUAUCCGGUCGCGUCUCACGCGGUCCGGUCGCGUCGCGAACCAAACCGAACGAGAGUUCUAUGCUCCUUCGUCUUUUCCCGCUUGUUUCUUCCUCGUUGUCCAUUUCACCUACCGCGCUUACUUUCUUCUUUCGCUCUUCUACGAUCAGAAAUCAGACAAUUGGUUUAAACGAAAAUAUGCCGAUGAAAACGAUAAACUGCCGAAAAGAUUUAUCUUAGUUCGCGAUCGUGCCGCGCAUCUUUUCAUUACUGCCAUCGUAUCGAACGAGCCGCUCUUUUUUCUCCCUGAUCGCGCGCAAUCGAUUCGUCGACCCGUCGCGUUUGUUGCAGCGAACGUGCAACGAAACGCGAUGACAACUGAUUUUCUCCGGAGCAGUAUCUUUGUACUCGCGUGUCUGCUAGAUGGUCGAGGAAGACUCGUCGCGACGUUGGUUCGCGGCAAUAACGAUGCGUGGGUAACACGCGGAUGGAACGCGAUAAAAGCGUACUUGAAUGAUUCGAACAAAGUGACGUACGAUGAGAGAGUGAUAGAGGGGGGGGGGGGGGGGGAGACAAGUAAGUAAGUCAC